AAUGCAUCGCCAAACUGUAGCUCCAAUACAGAACAACGUAGUUUCCAGUGAUUUUGUUGGUGCUACAAGCAAUAUCUUCACAAGCUUUUGUGAGCUCGCUCUGUUAGAUACAACACCAUGGAGCAUUCCAUCUUUUUGAUGUUCAUUUUGGCUGCUGCCUGCAGAACUUCAGCUAACCUGGUAUUCCAGGAAACCAUUCAAUUAAUGGGAAAGAAAGUUGAAAAAACAAUGCCAAAACCAGCAGAUCUUGGACUAGAAGAACUGAAUUCCCUUCCAGAGCAGAAGGAUUGGCGUGAUGAUAACUAUGUUACACCCGUGAAGGAUCAGGGCCAGUGCGCAGCAUGCUGGGCCUUCACUGCAGUGGCAGCGAUGGAAGCACAACUGAGCAAUAAGACCGCAACUCUCACCACACUUAGUGAGCAAAACCUUGUGGACUGUGCCAAAAGUUACGAGAAUAAAGGCUGCAGUGCAGGAUGGGUGCAUCGUGCAUUUGAAUACAUCCGUGACCAUGGAAUUGAAGCUAGCGCAACAUACCACUACAAAGGACAGAAACAAGAUUGCUUAUUUGAUGAAAACAAUUCUGUUGGAACACUCAUCGAUUAUGUCCAGAUCAAGAACACAAACGAAACAGAAAUCAUGAAGAUAGUAGCAAAACACGGACCAGUGGCUGUACAUGUUUACAUGAGUGAUGCAUUCUUGAGUUAUAAUGAUGACAGUAUUUUUGAUGACCCUAAUUACACUAAUGAUGUUCCUGACCAUGCUGUGACUAUAGUGGGUUAUGUGAAUAAGGCUAAUGAAAAAUAUUGGAUUAUUAAAAACAGUUUUGGAACCAGCUGGGGUCACAAUGGCUACAUGAAGAUGAUUAUGUUCAAGAAUAUGUUGAGAGUUACCGACCGAGUCUUCUAUCCUAUCGUCUAAAAAUGUGUGCCUCAAAAGGAUAAAGUCAACUUCUUGGAGAAGCAGUUUCCAGAAAACUCUUAGAUUUAACUGUUUUGAGUAUAUUGCUUCUCGGGGUUGCGGGAUAAAUCUUUUCUGUAGCUAAGUAUAAUCUCCUGGUGACUGUGCACAUUAAUUUUGAGAAGCAAUAAAAUUAAUGAGUUAACCUUUACAA